AUGUCCAACCAAGAUAAAUACCGAUACCGUGUAGAGGUUCAACAGAUGAUGUUUGUUUCGGGAGAGACAAACGAUCCUCCUGUCGAAACGACAUCACUUAUAGAAGAUAUCGUCCGGGGCCAGGUUAUCGAAAUCCUCCUCCAGUCCACCAAGACAGCCGCUGCCAGAGGCACGCGAUCCAUAGCGCCAGAGGAUGUUAUUUUUCUCAUAAGACACGACAGGGCAAAGGUCAACCGUCUCAUUACAUAUCUCUCAUGGAAGGAUGUGAGAAAAAACACCAAAGAUGAAGGUGGAGGAACAGAAUCAUUUAUGGAGCAAGAAGGUGCUGCUGCAGGCGGAGGUCCCGGUGCUUCGUCCAACGACCAAUCUAAAAUGAUCACAAGAUAUCGUAAGCUGAAGAUUCGGUUGCCCUGGGAGGUUCAAUUCAUGUUCAGUGAGCAGCACCUAGAAACAGCCGAGGAAGCUGAAGAAGUGGAUGAUGAAGAGAAAGCCGCUACGUUGGCGUCUCUUAAAAGAUUGAAAAUGGCCGAUGAGAGAACGAAAAACAUGACCAAGGAAGAGUAUGUGCAUUGGUCCGAAUGUAGACAGGCUUCUUUCACAUUUAGAAAAGUGAAGAAGUUUAGGGAAUGGGCCCAAAUCUCCCAGAUUUGCGAGUCAAGACCUAAUGAUGAUGUCAUUGAUAUUUUGGGCUUUUUGACUUUUGAGAUUGUGUGUUCCUUAACCGAGGAAGCUAUGGGCAUCAAGGCUGCUGAAGAGAGAUUAAUCCAACAGUCACUUCUGAAGACAGGAAUGCUAAACAAGGAGAUUAACAAGAGGAAAAGAAAGUACUUGUUUGACAAACCAGACGAAUUGGCAAAGCCCAUACAGCCCUACCAUAUUGAAGAGGCUUGGAGAAGGCUACAAUCCACUGACUUCAAGCACAAGGCAGCCAGAUCCUUUGGAGGAGGAAUGCUCAAAUAUGGAACGAAGUUGAUUUAA